GACACCAUGAGAGGAUGGUCGCCGGGACGAGGUUCUACGGCGACGGCGAUGAUCGGGGCAGCAGGGAGUUCAGGGAGGUGCUGAAGGAGGUGGUGUCACUCAGCGGCGCGACGAAUCCGGCGGAUGGAUUGACGGCGGGAAGUUCGAGAAGACGGUGGCCGAGCUGGCUCGAAGGACGGAUUCGUUCUUGCAAAAAUUGAUUGAGGAGCAUAAGAGCAAGAAGGAAAGGUUGGAUAGUGCGAAUACCAUGCCUGACCACUUGCUCGCGUUGCAAGAGUCUGAGCCUGAGUACUACCCUGACCAGAUUAUCAAAGGGCUUGUUCUGGUCAUGUUGUUGGCAGGGACGGAUACUUCUGCAGUGACAUUAGAGUGGGCGAUGUCAAAUCUUCUGAAUCACCCAGACAUAUUAGUCAAAGCAAGAGAAGAGCUCGACAAGCAAAUUGGCCAAGAACGAAUGGUAGAUGAGCUUGAUAUUUCUAGCCUACCUUAUCUUCAGAACAUAAUUUCGGAGACCCUUCGACUGUACCCGGCUGCUCCGCUCCUGGUUCCCCAUGCCUCAUCCGAGGAUUGUGUGGUUGGAGGGUACCAUUUGCCGCGUGACACAUUGUUAUUGGUCAAUGCAUGGGCUAUCCAUAGGGAUCCUAAUCUUUGGGAGGAUCCCACGAGUUUUAGACCCGAAAGGUACGGAAAAGGAGGGAACGAAAGUUGUAAGCUGAUAGCUUUUGGAUUGGGUAGAAGGUCUUGUCCUGGUGCAGGCCUUGCCCAACGAGUUGUGGGAUUCACUCUUGGGACAUUGAUCCAAUGCUUUGAAUGGGAAAGGGUCAGCGAGGAAGCGGUUGACAUGAAUGAAGGGAAAGGGAUGACAAUGCCUAAAGAGAAACCACUGGAGGCCAUCUGCAUAAGUCGUCCAAUUGUGAAGAAAUUUGUUUCUUGA